GUUGACUGUUUGUGACAAACAUUGAAUCAUUGAAUGAAUGAAUGACUCAAACGAAUGACGGAUUCACUGAACGAGCGAUCAUUUCAUAAGACAUUUGCCAAUGAAUUGUGUUUUGAUUCAUGAAAUCAUAAUUUAUUAGUAUUUAUAUUGAACUCAGUUUUUGUGGCCAUAAUCGCAAGCAUUAGGUGUUUGUCGUAACCAUCGCUGGCAUCGGAUUACACGACAGCGACUGAACACACAGUUAGCGAUGAGUUUCCUAUUUGGUUCGCGAUCUAACAAGACGUUUAAGCCCAAGAAGAACAUCCCGGAGGGCACCCAUCAGUACGACCUCAUGAGACAGGCGGCCGCCACUCUGGGCUCCGGGAACUUAAGGCUGGCUGUGAUGCUACCCGAAGGCGAAGACCUCAACGAGUGGGUCGCCGUCAACACGGUCGACUUCUUCAACCAAAUCAAUAUGUUGUUCGGAACUAUCACUGAGUUCUGCACAGAGGACUCGUGUCCACUCAUGUCGGCCGGACCUAAGUAUGAGUACCAUUGGGCUGAUGGCCAGACCGUCAAGAAGCCCAUCAAGUGUUCGGCGCCUAAAUAUAUCGAUUACCUGAUGACAUGGGUUCAGGACCAGUUAGACGACGAGACACUGUUCCCCUCCAAAAUAGGCGUACCGUUUCCGCGCCAUUUCAAUACGAUAGCGAAGACAAUACUGAAGCGCCUGUUCCGAGUGUACGCCCAUAUAUAUCACCAGCACUUCGCCGAAGUGGUCCAACUGGGAGAGGAGGCGCACCUGAACACCAGUUUCAAGCAUUUCAUAUUUUUUGUACAGGAAUUCAAUCUAAUCGAUAAGCGAGAGUUGGCGCCACUCAAUGAGCUCAUCGACAAGUUGGCCACCGGCGGCUCACACACCCAUCACUCGGCCCUCCAUCACCCCACCCACGGCGACCGCCAGAGCACCGACAGUACCGGUCAUAUAUCCUCACUUCCGGCCCGUUGACACCGACCAUCACUACCAACUUCCAUCAGUCUCUAUCUCCGAGUGCCUUAAAACUUAUCGAUCAAUUAAAUGG